CUUUCUCUGACGGGCCAGUGGGAAGAUUUCUUGUGGUUAUACCUAUCGGUACUUGGCGGAGCAUGCUGUUUGUACAUACGAUAUGCUUUUCGCAGGCUGUGGCGGGAUAGUGUGAAUUCUUCAUUGAGACUUCUCGCACCGACGUUUGACUAUUAGAUUAAAAUGCCACUCAUAGUGAUAACGGGCAAUCCGUGUAGCGGUAAAACGACCAGGGGUCUCGAACUGAAAGACUACUUCAAGAAGAGAUUAGAAAGCACCGGGCAAAGCGUGGAGAUAAUUAGCGAAUCCGACGCGAUAGUUACGGCAGGUUAUGAUAAGAAUACAUUUUACGCCGAUUCAAAGAAAGAGAAAGCUGUCAGGAGCGCCAUGAAGUCGGAUAUUCAGCGCAGACUCGACACACGUAAUCUGUUGAUAUUCGACGGCAGUAAUUACAUCAAAGGAUACCGGUAUGAGAUCUAUUGUAUGACAAAAUUGUACAAAACUCCCCAAUGCACGAUACACUGUGAUAUACCGGUCGAGCACGCUUGGAUGUUGAACAACAAACGAACCAAGUCCGACCAGUACAGCCGAGAAAAUUUUGACGCCCUUGUCGCGAGAUACGAAGCACCAGAAGGUAGAAAUCGAUGGGACGCGCCGCUUUUCGCGGUCACACCGGACGACGAAUUGGUCGGUGAGGAGAUUUACAAGUCGCUCUACGAGGUGAAAGCGCCGAAACCGAAUCUCAGUACUCAGUGUCCACCGUUAGCAUCGACGAAUUACCUGUACGAACUGGACUCGAUAACGCAAGACGUGAUAAACGCGAUAUUGUCAGCGAAACAAUUGGGAAUCAACAACGACAUAAAGGUACCGGGUUGCAGUGUGACAGUGUGCAAUUCGGCCGCGCCCGCGCAUCUUCUAAGAUUACGCAGGCAGUUUUUAACUUACAGUAAAAUGCAACAGAGUGGGAUCGAUCAGAUCGCCGCAUUAUUCGUACAAUAUCUCAAUAAAAACUUAUAACAAAGUGGAAAGUG